UCAUCUCUUUUAAUACUCUCAUUCUCUCUCUGUGUUUCUGCAAUGUUAUAAGCGUUUACAUAAAACGAUGAUCAGAAUCACUAUUUUAACAUAUUUCUCUGAUUAAACUCUGUUGAAUCAAAUUAAUGGCAGCCACUGCCACUGUUGCUCUCUCUAUUAUCCCUUCUUGUUCUUCUUCAUCUUCUGCUACUGCAAAUGCAGCUUCAUUAUCUUCUUCCUAUUCCUUCUUUACAGGUGGCACCCACCACCUCUGGUCCCACAAGAAAUUAUCUUCUCUAGCUUUAACAUCUUCAUCUCCCAAGUUCAGGACCAAGGCUUCCAAUUCUAAUAAUCGGUAUGGACCUGAAAUUUCUGCUUCUGGGGAUUAUUAUGCUACUCUUGGUAUCCCUAAAUCUGCCUCCACUAAGGAAAUUAAAGCUGCUUAUCGUAAGUUAGCUCGUCAGUAUCACCCAGAUGUUAACAAGGAACCUGGAGCAACUGACAAGUUCAAGGAGAUAAGUGCUGCUUAUGAGGUGUUAUCCGAUGAUAGCAAACGAGCCAUGUAUGAUCGCUAUGGUGAAGCUGGAGUUAAGAGUGCCGUAGGCGGGGGAUCGAGUGCUUAUGCGACUAAUCCUUUUGAUCUGUUUGAGACAUUCUUUGGAUCAAGCAUGGGUGGUUUUCCUGGCGUGGAAACUGGGUUUGGGACACGCCGUCGUAGUACUGUUACUAAGGGUCAAGAUUUACGUUAUGACAUCACUUUAGAAUUUUCGGAGGCUAUAUUUGGAGCUGAGAAAGAUUUUGAUCUUUCUCAUUUGGAAACGUGUGAAGUUUGCGCCGGCACUGGAGCAAAGAUAGGUUCCAAGAUGAGAGUAUGCUCAACUUGUGGUGGCAGGGGUCAAGUAAUGAGAACUGAGCAGACACCCUUUGGCAUGUUCUCACAGGUGUCUGUUUGUCCAACUUGUAGUGGAGAAGGUGAAGUGAUUUCUGAAUACUGUCGAAAAUGCUCUGGGGAAGGGCGAACACGUAUUAGGAAAAAUAUUAAAGUCAAAGUCCCUCCUGGAGUUAGCACAGGCAGUAUACUUAGAGUGGCUGGAGAAGGGGAUGCUGGACCAAGAGGUGGUCCCCCAGGAGAUCUUUAUGUGUAUCUUGAUGUUGAAGAAAUGAGUGGAAUCCAAAGAGAUGGCAUAAAUCUCAACUCAACAAUAUCCAUCAGUUAUCUCGAUGCAAUUUUGGGAGCUGUUGUCAAGGUAAAGACAGUUGAAGGGACAAGUGAACUACAGAUUCCAGCAGGUACGCAGCCUGGAGAUGUACUAGUCCUGUCAAAGAAAGGUGCACCUAAACUGAAUAAACCAUCUAUACGUGGUGAUCACUUAUUUUCUAUUAAAGUGACCAUACCAAAUAGAACAAGUGCCAAAGAGCGUGAAUUACUUGAAGAACUUGCUUCUCUGAAUAAUACCACCAACACUAGAUCACGAACGCGCACCAUAACUCAACCUGCAAGUAAAACCAGAGAAACACCCCUAGUGGAAACUGUUGAGGAGAAAAAAACCGAGGAAGCAGAGGAUGAAAAUGACGUAUGGAAGAAAGUAAAAGAUUUUGCAGGGUCCAUCGCAGAUGGUGCUAUGAAAUGGUUCAAAGACAACCUCUAAUUUUGAAGUUUUCAUGCUUUCAUGACAUCUGAAAACAAACCUCUGUGUUUCAAAUUGGCCAUUAGAUAUUUUUUGCUUCCCUCAGAGACAGUCCUAAGGGCCAAUCCAACUUGGACUGUGCUGUAGAAAAUUCAAUGGCACCCUAGUAUAGAUUCUUUCAUUUUUUUUUUCACUUGUAAAUUUAGUAUGUUAGUCUGUAUUCUAUGAGCAUCAACAGCGAGCAAAUUUAAGCAUUAUUUGUAGUUUGUUUAUCUGAAUGUACUGAAGUUUAGCAUGCAACA